AUGAACUCGCGCUACUCCACCGCGGGCAGCGCGCACCAGCGAGACGUUCGAACACAGCUUUUCGGGCCGAAUCCGGGCGCGGCGGGCCGCACUCCGCCCGCACGAAUGAGCUCGCCCUACGAGACGCGGCCAACGGCGUCGGCCAAGCACAACGAGGCGUUUUUGCUGUCGCUCGAGAGCCAGAACGACGACGAAAUGGACCUGAUGAGCCACAAGGUGGCGGCGCUCAAGAACCUCGGCGUGCGCAUGGGCUCAGAGAUCAACAAGUCCAUGAAACUCAACGACGAGAUCACAAACAACUUCGAGCGCGGCACUGUCACGUUGAAAAACACCUUCAACCGCAUGGUGGUGAUGAGCCAGCGCGCGGGCAUCUCGUGGCGCAUGUGGCUCUUGUUCUUCACCUUCUUCUUUGCCGCGUGCUUCUACGUGUGGUUGGUGUAG